CCAAGAUUGGAAAAUCAAGACUGUCUAGCAAAUAAAAUUCAUGGUUAUAAGUUUAACUCUUCUUUCUUGACUCUACACUUACUAUUAUAAAAAACAACACAUCUUCAUUUCUUGAUUUCCAAGAUUUCAUGGUGAUGGAAUUUCAAGAAUUACUCAUGGGAUCUUCUUCAUCUUCUUCUAAUAUUGAGUUCACACAACAAAUCUUGAUCAAAGGCAAACGUACGAAGCGCCCGCGGCCUUUGUCCCCGCUUAGGUUGACCAUGACCACCACUUCUAGCUCGUCGUGUGGUGGCGAAAGUAUCGAAGGCGGCGGAGACGGGGGCGGAAAAAAUAAUAUUACUUUGUCAUCUCCUAGCUCCUCGAUUGAAUUCGCGGAAAGUGUUGGUGGCGGAGGCGAAGAAGAAGAUAUGGCGAACUGUUUGAUUCUUCUGGCUCAAGGUAGUCAAUUCCGGAGUCGGAAAAUACCCGAAAACGAAGCGAAACCCGAACCAAUUACGACAACAAAGGGUAUGUCUAUGUCAUCAGGCUGUGGAUAUGUUUAUCAAUGCAAGACUUGCAACAGAAGUUUCCCAUCUUUUCAAGCGCUGGGCGGACAUAGAGCGAGUCACAAGAAACCGAACAGUAAUAAAAAUGGCGAUCAAGAGAAGAAUAAAAGAAUGGAUCAAGAAAAUCAAGAACGGUUAGUUAAUGACAUGAACACUACACUUUCAUUGCAGAUUACAAAUAGAGGCUCUGGUAGUAAUAAUUAUAAUACGAAUUCGAAUUCGAAUUUUUCGACGAUCAAAUCUAGUAAGGUUCAUGAGUGUUCUAUUUGCGGCGCUGAGUUUUCCUCCGGUCAGGCUUUAGGUGGUCAUAUGAGGCGGCAUAGGGCAGCUUUUGCCACUUCUUCGACGUCAACGCCGCCUAGAUUAGCGCCUCCGCCGCAAAAAUCAGUGAGUUUGAUUGUGAAAAAUCCCGAGUUUCAAGAACCUAAGAAGCAAAGAAGAAAUAAUCUGCAGUUAGACUUGAAUCUUCCGGCGCCGGAAGAUGAUCAUAAAUUCCAAACUCUUGUCUUCUCCACUUCAUCUUUGGUUGAUUGCCAUUACUAAUCACAAAGAGUCAUGUACUCAUUUUUAAUUCUUUUUUUUUCUUUCAUUUUUUUAAUUGGUUUAUUGAAUUAUUAAUUUCACAUACAAUUCAUUGUGAAUUAAUUAUUCUAACCUCAUUAUUUUUCACUAAAUGUAAUUCAUACUUAUGUUCAUUCUUUCAAUUUAUAUAAAUUUUUUAUUUUAUUA